AUGUCGUCUCCAGUAGACCAGCAGAUUAAUACUGACUCGUCCAUUCAGACAUUUAUUUCUUCUUUAAUUUUCAAUACAGGCAUUACAGUUGCGGUAUUUAUUGCUUUUGAUUUUGUAAGGAAACGAAAUAGAAAGGUUUAUGAACCUCGAACUUAUCUGGUUCCUGAAAAGAAAAGGUCGGAACCAUUACCAACGGGAUUUUUUAAAUGGGUUUUACCGGUUCUAAGGGUUCCCGAUGAAGAAGUUAUAAAGCGAAUAGGGCUUGACGCGUUUAUGUUUAUAAGAUUCAUGGGAUUGUUUAUGAAGUUAUUUGGUAUAUUUAGUGUCCUUGGAAUAGUAAUUUUACUACCACUUGAUUCUAAAAAUCAAAAAGGUGGCUCUGGCUUGGAUCAAUUCACUCUUGGUAACAUUUCCGACUCCAAUAGAUUAUGGGCUCACUUGAUUCUCUCAUAUUUUUUCAGCUGUGUUACAAUAUAUGUACUAUAUCAUGAGUUGCGUACAUUUAUUCGCUUACGCCAUGAAUAUCUCACAACUGACGAACAUCGAAAUUCUCCACGGGCGACCACCAUAUUAGUUGUCGGCAUUCCAAAUGAAAUGAAUAAUUCUAAAGCGUUGAAAGCUUUAUUCGAUAUAUUUCCGGGUGGAGUGAAGCGCAUAUGGCUUAAUAGAGAACCAUCUAAACUUGAAGGUUUCAUGGCUGAUCGAGAGAAAUUAGUGAAUAAAUUAGAAGGUUCCGCUACAACAUACAUAACGCAACACGCAAAGAAUUUAGCAAAGUCACCAUCCAAAGAAUCUAAUGCCGAAAAUGGAAGUAGCGCACCGAGUACUACACGUCCACAACACCGUAAAUUACUAAUAAUGGGAAAAAAAGUUGAUUCCUUGGAAACUUAUCGUUCUGAUUUAAGCAACUUAAAUCAACAAAUAUUAAAUUUGCAAAAAAACCCCAAUGAUUUUAAACAAUUGAAUUCAGCUUUUAUACAAUUUAAUAAUUAUAUCGGGGCUCAGUUAGCCGCUGCAUCGACGGUUCCAAGGUUAACUGAUAUUGCCCCUGAUGAUAUCAUUUGGGAAAAUUUGAAUUUGAAGAAUAAUCAAAGAAUCAUUAGAAGGUUUAUUAGUCUAGCCAUUGUUAUUGCUCUUGUAUUACUUUGGAUUUUUCCAGUCACAUUUGUCGCGUCUAUUAGUCAAUUGGAAUCAUUGCAAAAACUCCCAUUAUUGAAGAAUAUUAUAGGGUCUUUUCCAAAAGAGGUCUUUGGUAUAAUUCAGGGUAUUUUACCAGCUUUAGGAUUAGCGAUAUUGAUGUUUAUAUUGCCAAUAAUUUUAAAAUUUUUAUCCAAAUUCGAAGGAAUUGUCACGUAUUCAUCGGUUGACCUUAGCUUGCAGGGCAAAUAUUACUUCUUUUUGGUUGUGAAUGUACUUUUAAUUUCAACAUUCGCUAAUGGUAUAUUUACGGCAUUGCCAAAUCUUAUUGAGAAACCAACACAAGCAAUUGACAUUUUAGCAGUAAAUCUUCCAUUGGCUUCAACAUUUUUCCUUACCUAUGUCCUUCUUACGAUAUCAGCUAGCGCCAUAGAAAUAUUCCAAAUUGCACCUUUAAUUUCGGACAUUAUCUUUAGGAAAUUUUUAGCUAAAACUCCUAGAAAAAUUUGGCAAUUGGAACGAGCGAUGUUAUAUAAAGAUUGGGGAACGGCUUUCCCUCCACAUACAUUGAUAGCCUGUAUCGGUUUGGUAUACUCUACAGUACAGCCAUUAAUCCUUCCUAUCGUUACCUUACAUUUUAUGAUUUAUUACUUGGUGUAUCGUUAUCAGUUCCUUUACGUAUACGAACAGCCAAAUCAGACGGGAGGAUUAUUGUUCCCAAAGGGAGUUUAUCAAAUGUUUACAGGGAUUUAUAUAUUUCAAUUAACACUUACUGGAUUAAUGUUUCUUAAAGGGGCUUUUGUACAAGGCAUAUUGUGUAUUAUAUUGUUAAUGGCAUCGGUCAUAGUAUUAGUAUCCAUGAGAAAGAUCUUUAAACAUAAUCCAAGGGCCGAAUUUUUACCUGUUGAUUUGACGGGUAUAAUUGAUAUGAAAUCAAGAAAGGUUUUGGUAGGAAAUGAUCAUGGUAAACAUAAACAUGAACAAGAAGUUGUUGAAAAGGAUGAAUAUGCAAGGCAAGAUGUAUUGCAUAUAAAUGAAGGCGAUGAAGAAGAAUUGCAAAAAGAAGAAGGGUCAAAAACGUUCAUGCAUCCUGCUAUCACGUCCGCACAACCUAUAGUUUGGUUACCUGAUGAUCAAAACAUUUCAGAUGAUUUUAUAAAUGAAUUUCGGAAAAGUGGGAUUAAUGCGACAAAUCAAGGCGCAACUCUUAAUGAAAAAAGUAAAGUUGUAAUCGAUAAAAAUAAAAUUCCCUUAGAUAUUCAAGAUGAUAAAUAUGCCAAGCAAUUGAUGCAAGAGAAAGCACAAGAAAAAAAUCAUGGUGGCCCGAUUCAAAAUGUUGCUGGUACAAGUCAUACUCAUUAA